CUUCAUGAAGCGCUUCUUCCAAGCUGAGAGACAUCCUGAGCUAACCUUCCAGAAGCCUUCUCUUUCAGCGCCAUGAAGCCAACUACUGCCGUCAUUUUCUGUCUCAUGCUGCUGAGUCUGAGCGGGACUCAAGGGAUCCCUCUCGCAAGAACGGUCCGCUGCACCUGCAUCACGAUCGAUGACAGAUCAGUGAAACCAAGGGCCUUAGAGAAGCUUGAAAUCAUCCCUGCGAGUCUAUCCUGCCCACACGUUGAGAUUAUUGCCACGAUGAAGAAGACUGACGAGAAGAGAUGUCUGAAUCCGGAAUCUGAGGCCAUCAAGAAUUUAUUAAAGAAAGCGGUCAGCCAAAAGAGGUCUAAGAGAGCUCCAUAACUGGAGAGAAGCCACUCCCCACAGUGCUGCGACCGGUGGACAGCAGACAGCCUGUCUCUCCAUCACUUCCCUUUACCCCAUGUACGGCUAGCCCUAAUUGUCCCUGUUUCUUCUGAAAGGUGACCAACUGUGGUCACAUCAGCUGCUACUCCUGAAGGAUGAUGGAUAAAUCAUGGUCCUGAGAUAAAACUCCAGAAGCAAGAAUCCCCAACUCUUUAAGAGCUGGUCCGAGUCCUCGCUCGCUCAAGGAGCUGCGAUGGCUCUCCUAGCUCUUGUUCUGUAAGCUAUGUGGAGGUCCUAUGGGGCGUCACCAUGUGCCACGCCCCAGCCUGCUCCCCAACCCUGCCUCGUCUUCCCUAGCUUUAGGCUUGUCGGUUCUGAGUUCACCUGAGCUCUUUCGUUUCAAACGCAGUCCAAGUAAGACUACAAAUUAAGUUUGUAAGAACAAACUUACCACCAUCUUCCCAAGGGAAUUUCAUAACUCAGAAUACUUACAGGAACCUGGAAAUGUAUGUGUAAAUAUUAUUUAACAAAGGACUGUGCAAAGUAGAAUUCCUAGAUGUAUUUUUUUGUAUGUUUUUCAUUGUAUGUGGAAGAACUUGUGUCAUUAUGUAUCAACGAGUAGCUAAAGUUUACAUAGACAAGUGUUUUGAAUGUUACAUAAUACAAAAGGUGUUGGAUGCUUGUCAAAAUAAAAUGUACUGUAUUGAAAGUCGGAAGAGACCAAAAGGGUAAUAAAGUAAUACUAAC